AUGAGUUUAAAAGAAGUUUUCGAAUCAUCACCGUGGAGGUCAUUUAAAAAAUUCUAUGAAGCUGCAAAGAAUGCGGGAUUUAAUGAUAGAACAGAAAUUAAGAGAUUUUAUGAUGAAAAUAUAGUUCAUCAGGUUAAAGUUAAUCCAUACGACUACUACCUUCCCAUUUAUUCUAAAACCCAUGAUGCAUAUCAAUUUGAUACACUCGUUCAGAGUAAGAAAGGAAGAAAGCCACCAUUUUUGAUUUUCAUUAAUGUUAAUACACGUAAAGCUUUUGCGUAUAUAAUGAAAAAUAAAGGAACAAAAGAAGUUUUAA